UAUCGGUAUUGUUGUGACUCUACGCGAACGUUCUGCUUGUUUUCAAUUGUGCGUUGUUGCAGCCUCUUGCCGCUCUCUUAUUUCCUUCUGUUGUAGAGUUUUCGUUUAUUUCUCAUUAACUAUGUCUGGAAGAGGGAAGAGCUCCGGAAAGAAGACCGUCUCUCGGUCUAGCAAGGCUGGUCUUCAGUUUCCUGUCGGGAGGAUAGCCCGCUUUUUAAAGGCUGGCAAAUACGCCACUAGGGUUGGCGCUGGUGCUCCUGUCUAUCUUGCCGCCGUUCUUGAAUACUUGGCCGCUGAGGUGCUUGAACUUGCCGGAAACGCCUCAAGAGACAAUAAAAAAACCAGAAUUGUGCCCCGACACAUUCAGCUAGCGGUACGGAACGAUGAGGAGCUUAGUCGGUUGCUUGGACAAGUUACUAUUGCUAAUGGAGGCGUGCUCCCCAAUAUCCAUACAGUCUUGUUGCCCAAGAAAACUGAUCUCUGUAACGACGCCUGGGAGAGUUCGCCGCAGAAUUGGAGAUCUGAAUCGAAUUCCACGUUUUGGGACCCCAGGCGAAGGACCUCUACACUUGGCCUGCCUCGUGACAGAGGAGUUACCAUGAGAUAUGUCUUUCCUCUAUCAAACAGCGGGGUGGUAUGGUCACUACAGCUUUGGCGUGCAUGCCACCUCCUGAGGGGAUCCUGUUACCGUACAGAAUACAUCAAUUAGGCCUUGAAAGUAUACUUCAUUUUCAGGUCACAUACGCCACGUGUGGUGUCUGUUUCAGCGGGCAUCGUUUGGUACUGCAUUUUCCAUGGUGAUAAAUUUUCGAUAUGUUCUCUCUGUGGAUUCACGUUCCGAUCUAAGAGUAGAGUUCAUCAUUGUCCAAUUACGCUGUGGGCUGAAGGCGGAGAACCCUCUUUAUUUAGUUGGUUCGAUGCCGGAGUGGAUCGAAGUGGUAGCUAGUUCUGUAGCGGUCAGGAGGCAAGUAGAUAUGUGACCGUCUUAGCUGACCAACAUCGUAAGAAGUUGUUGUAUGUCGAGUACGAGAUGCGAGUGCUCUUACAAAAUGUUAGUGCUACGAUUUUCAAUCACAUGUUGAAAGAAUUUGAUGGUACUAUAUCUCUCCU